CCCGCUCUUCUGCCUGGGCUCGAGGCCACAUCUGUUUGGAUUUUAACAGUCCGGAGUCUGGGAGUCCGGUGACCUGGCUGCGGUCUAGCAAAAGUGCGGGGUUCAGAAGAAGGGGCGGGGCGUAGACACCGCCUCCCGCCCGCCCGCCCCGCCAUGUGGGGUCCGCUGGUCCCAUGGCUGCUGCUGCUGCUGCUCCCCUCAGCCUUGGUGCCCCCGACUUGUGCAGCCCCGAUCCACGAUUCUGACUCGCAGGAGAGCCCCUCGGGGUUUCUAGGCCUCCAGAGCCUCCUCCAAAGCUUCAGCCGACUUUUCCUGAAAGAUGACCUACUACGGGGUCUGGACAGCUUCUUCUCUGCCCCUAUGGACUUUCGGGGUCUUCCUAGGAACUUCCACCAAGAGGAGAACCAGGAGCGCCGGCUGGGGAACAACACUCUCUCUAGCCACCUCCAGAUCGACAAGAUGACUGACAACAAAACCGGAGAGGUGCUCAUCUCUGAGAAGGUGGUGGCUUCCAUUGAGCCAGAGGGAAGUGUGGAAGGUGACUGGAAGGUGCCCAAGAUAGAAGAGAAAGAAGCCCUGGUGCCCCUCCGGAAGGCCAUGGACAGCUUCCGCCCAGAGCCCCAUCCUCGGGUUGCCUUCUGGAUCAUGAAGCUGCCGCGCCGCAAGUCCCGCCAGGAUGGCCAAGAGGCUGGCCAGUGGCUCAGCGAGAAGCGGCACCGGCUGCAGGCCAUCCGGGAUGGGCUCCGGGAGGGGACCCACGAGGAUAUCCUGGAAGAUGGAAUCCAGGGUUCUUCUCACUCUAAGCCUCCAGCGCGCAAGACCCACUUUCUGUACAUCCUCAGACCCUCCCAGCAGUUAUAGGUGGAGGGAGGGGAACCCCCAGUCCCUGCAUGUCCUUCCCUCCAGAUUUGCACCCCUCCCUCCAACAUCAUAUUGAAAUAAAG